AUGAGUAAGCCCUACGCGAAGCGGCGUGACGUCACCGGUCGUUGGCUAUUGGGGCGAGCACGUGCCAAUGGGAAGAGCCCCCUCGGCGAGGGGGCGUGGCGGGCGGCCGGGUCAGCUGGCCUUGGGUGGCGAGCGCGGGGAGAUUCUGCUUUGUAUAUAAGGGGGCUGCGGACCCUCCGAAGGCACACUCGCUCAUUGCUCCAGACGCAUCAGCCACUCUCAACUCUCUCUAGCAUCAUGAAGGUCCUGGACAAGCGCGCCAUCUACUCGUCGGGCCUGGGCUACGGCGCGUACCCCGCGGUCGCCGGCGCCGCGCUCUCCGGCCUGGGCGCGUACGGCGCCUACCCCGGCUACGGCGCGUACAGCGGCCACGGCGCCUACCCCUACGCCGGCGCCGCCGCCUACCCCGCCGCCCACGCCGCCGCCGCCUACCCCGCCUACUCCGGCUACCAGGGCUCGCUCGCCUACCCCGGCUACACCGCCGGCCUCCGCGGCUACUCCGGCUAG